CACAAAACAAAACUCAGUUUUUUUUUUCUCUUUCUUUAUUUCUUUUAGAAUAGUACAAUUUAUCAAUAACCUCUACAUAAGAGUGAGUGAAGAAAACCCAAUCAAAAAAGCGUUACUUUGUUUCCAAUCUCGCAAAUGGGUAUCCUCACAAGAAAAGAAACUCUCUCAUUUCUCAUUCUAUUCAAACUUUUCGUCCUCAUUUUCGGUUCCGACAACACAAACGUAGUAUACAAAGGUUGCUCCGAGCAAAAACUAGGACAACAAUCUUCACAAAAUCUUCAAUCGCUGCUAUCUUCUCUUGUAUCUGCGUCAGGACAGAAAACCUUCGCCGCCACAACCACCGGCGACGGCCAGAACGCAAUCACCGGCGUUUACCAAUGCAGAGGUGACCUUUCAACUUCCGAUUGCUAUCUAUGCGUCAGCAAGAUUCCCAACAAGCUAAACAAACUCUGCGGCGGUGACGUGGCAGCUGCAAGAAUACAGCUCAGCGGUUGUUACUUGAGGUACGAGGUUGCUGGGUUCAAGCAAGAACCUCAGACACAGUUGCUUUACAAGGUUUGUGGUUCAAAGAAGGUUAAAGAUGGUGGUGUUGGGUUUGAAGAAAAGAGGGAUUCAGCUUUUGGAAUGGUGGAGAAUGGUGUGAAGAGUGGUGGGAGUUUGUUCUAUACUGGAAAUUAUAUGUCUUUGUAUGUUUUGGGACAGUGUGAGGGUAAUUUGGGAAAUGAUGAUUGUGGUGAUUGUGUUAAGAGUGCUCAGGAACAAGCUAAAUUGGUGUGUGGUGAUUCAAUUUCUGCUCAGAUUUAUCUUUUUAGUUGCUUUGUUAGUUAUAGCUUUUACCCUAACGGUGCUCCAUCCAUGUCAUCUUCUUCUUCUUCAUCUUCAGGAGGGAAUCCACACGCAGAGAGGACCGUGGCUCUUGCAGUUGGAGGAGUAGCAGCAAUUGGAUUCUUGAUUGUUUGUUUGAUGUUUCUUAAGUCAGUGUUCAAGAAAAGAAGUGGCAAGUAUUGAGGGUGAAUUUGGGUUGUAUAUACCUCAGGAUUCAUAGAUCUAAUUUUGGAAUCUUAUUAUUAGGUGAAAAAUACAUUUGAACCUUUGUAUAGUUCUGAUCAAAGGAAUUAAAAUGAGUACUGAAUCCGAUUUGUGGUAUGAAUUGAAAGAAAAAGUGUAAGUUUGAGACAGAAGUUAAGUUUAUUGGGAUAUGUGUGAUAGUUCUUGUCCCCACCAUAUCACUUUAGUCUUUAACAAAUGAGAUUAUGACACUUUUGUUUUUAAGAGAAAUA